AUGAUCACCGGAUUAGCGCACAUCAACCUUCUCGUCCCUGAAGGGACCCUCGACAGGGCCGAGGCCUUCUAUGGGGAAACUCUUGGUCUCACCUCGGCGCCGGUCCCGCACUUGCAAAAAGGCACACUUCUCUGGUUCGAUAUCGGAAAUUCCGGCCAGCAAGUUCACGUCGCAUUUGGUCCAAACGAGUCGCUCUCGUCGCGUCGUCAUCCGUGCUUCAAGCUGGAAUCGCCCGAGAAGCUGCAAGAGUUGCAGCAGCGGAUAUGGGAUCACCACGUGCGAGGGGGCGAUGCUGCGCCACUGCAGGCUGAUCAGCCCGGUGGUCAAAAUUCAGGAGCGAAAGGAGUGGAGUAUCCGAGUCGGUUUUUUGCGCGGGAUUUUGCGGGGAACAGGUUGGAGUUCAGUCUUUGA